AUGAUGAUCCCUCUCCUGCUGCUAUUUCUGCUACACGGUUCAGCUGCUUUCUUCUUCGAGUACCUCCAAAAUGUUCAUAGUUGGCAGGGUGAGGCAACUGUUGUAUUGGGGAUCUCAUAAAAAAGUUUCAGUGACGCCCAUUUGUCAGGAAGGAGAGCGUUUUCCUGGCGAGACCUGCGAAACUUUUUUGCAGUGCCGUCAUGGACAGAUCCGCGAACACAAGUUCGACAUCUCAUGCAUUAUGAGAGAUACUUUGGACUUUUCUUCUUUUUUUUUCAGAUGCCCAAACGGUCUCGGCUACUCGGAAAGACUUCGUGAAUGCUCAAGGGAAAUUCCUUGUCAAAAUCGUGUUUGCCGUAAUUCAGAGGUUUUAAAAAUCUAACAGUUUUCACAUUGAGCGAAAUCGUUCAGAAAACCGUCGCAUUAGACAAAAAUGGAAAAGUCGUCUGCGAUUUCUAUUUUUCAUGCGAAAAGAACGAUUGGCGUCACUACAGAUGUCCACAGGGAACAGUCUUCGGUAUAGUCAAUUCGCGAAAGUUCCUACGGUUUUUUGAAAGAGCAGAUGUUAACCUUAGUUUGAGUGUGUUCUUCAAAAUUUUGAAUGCGGCUUUCACAAGUUUUGCGCUUUCCUCAGCAGGUGGCUGUAAAAAAACAGGCAACAGUUCUUCGGAACUCUGAUUUAAAAGAGGAUAAACCGAUUUCUUUAUUUUAAGUAAUUUUUAUUCUUCGGCUUUGACCAAACUCGAAAUAGCUCCUAAAUAAACCAUCAAUAAAUAAUUGAAAAAAAAAUUUUCAGAUCCAAAGGCGAAAGAAUGUCUUCUCGGCAGAUGCAAAGAUGAAAGAGAGGACGGCUAUGGAGUUCCGCCGGAAGAGCCACCUGUGCCUUUUGGAGUUCCAAGAACUGAUGACCUUGGAAUUGAGCUCGCGGUUCGUUGGGCAAUCUCUUUGAAUGAGUAUAGAUUUCAACCAAUCCAAAGGCUUCAAAAAGUUGAACUGUAACUUCAAGGAAUACAUUGCUCGGAGUUGCGACGGCAAAACUCUCAUCGCCGACCGACACGACUGCCGACGCUUCUGGCGUUGCUCCUCUAGCGGCUUCUUCGUUUCCGGAGUUAGUUCGGCUCCGAAACAUGACUGCCAAAGAUGAUAAAGACGGAUUUUUUUUCCAGAUUUGUGUGGAAGGAACUGUCUACAGUCAUCGGAAGAGACGAUGCGUCAGAGGGUUCGUUCAACUAUCACUUCUUAACUGUAUUGAGUAUUGCAGAAACCAAUGCGAAAACGACCAAGUUUGUCCUGCCGGCGAGUUUUUGCCUUCGGACGUUUGCGGAGAAUACAAGUAUUCUGAUAAUUGUUUGUUAGACUGGAAAUUGUACCUCCAGGUUCUGCUACAAGAACGAAUGGACGUCUGGAUUCUGCGACCACAACAUGAGUUUCAUGAACGGAACCUGCGGCCCUCAAUAUUGCAAGAAGUAUUCUGCUGGUCAGAUGUUCAACUCAAAAGUUAACUAAAUGAAAAAAAAGAUCUCAACUACGCCUCGCGAGUCGAUUGCCGUCACGGCGACGUGAAGCCAAGCUUUUCCGACUGGGUGACGUACCAAUUCUGCUACUACGGCAAGUGGCAGCAGCGGGAGUGUCCCGCAAAUCAUUUCUUCGAUAGAGAGGUAGUCAUUGAAGUAUUAGUAUACAAAAAUCGUUCAUUUUGUCACUGGCUUCCGUUUAAAAAGAGUUUCAUCCGAUUUGGACCACGGAGAAAAAAGUUGAAUUUUUCUUCGUAUUCCGGCUCAAAAGGGGCGGAGCUUGAAAAAACCUUGUUUAAAAGUUUUGUAUACUUUGUAUAGUCUGUGUGCCACGACCUGAAAUUUCACGAAACGACAUUCCGCUGUUCCGCUGCGUGCGUUCGCGAAGCGUCUUUCGAAUCUAGGUGAUGCUUUCAAUUGAUUGUCAUUGCUGUGGGAGCACAUGAAAGUAGACUACUUUGAUAGAAGAAAAAAAAAAUUUAAAACACGACGAAGGUUCGCAAAGGCGCGUAGCGGCACAGCGGAAUGUCGUUCGGUGAAAUUUCAAGUCGUGGCACACAGACUAUAGCCAUUAAUACAUUAAAUCGAAAAGCGAGAAAACUUUUGUUUCUUGAAUAACUAUUUGAGAAAAAAGGUCAAGGCAUAGCGAAAUCGAAAAAAAUGGUUGAAAAAAAAGUGUGGUAACUUUUUCCACGUUUUCGAAUUUUUCUUUCCUAAGAAAUUCUUCUCAUCAGCUCAAAUUUACAAAAUUAGGCGUGGAAAAAAAAAUUUUAAAGCUCACCUGGAAAGUCAUUUUAGCCUUUCUACUGGAUUUCCUAUAAAUUUUCUCUUUCGGACUAGGAUUCGAUUCCACAUAGUGGCUUUCUGCGCAAACAUAUAGUUGGGGAGAUAUGAAAUCGCGAAUUACUGGUUGCAGAUGUAAAUAGAUUUCAGCUUCAUCGAAACCUUGAUGAGAAUAUUCAUAAUGAAUUCCAAAUUUUGUCGCAGAUACUACGGUGUGUCAGAGCUCCUUCCAGCCCGCCGACCCUUCCGCCGCCUCCGACUUGCUACAAUGGAGAGUUCCGACCGAUUCCCAACGAUCCUAAUCAAUAUGAAGUGAGGAAGAAAGUUGGAAAUUCAAAGAAUCCGUUCCUUCUCUCAGGAGUGCCAGAACAACGAAUGGAGACGUCGCUAUUGUCCUUACGGUUUAACGUUCCGCAACGGAUAUUGCGUUGAAGAUCAACAGCUGCCGACGACUUGUGUGGUGAUUUUGGAAAGAAAGCACGAGAUUAAAAGUUUCUCUGGCCAGGAAAGAGAAGGACAAGCCAACUACCGCACCGUUCCCCAUGACUGCAACUCCUUCUACCAAUGCGCUCAAGGCUCGAUUUUCCUUCCCCUUUUCAAAAAGUUCAAUUUUUGAAGGUCGUUGGAUGAAGAGGCCAUGCGCUGCGGGAACCGUCUGGAACGAGAGAAUCUCGGUCUGCGACCACGCCAGAAACGUUCCGAGGUGCAACUACGACGCUCUCAUCAAACUGUAG